AUGUAUGGACAACAAAGCAGUGCCUUCAACAACAAAUGGAACGAAGUCAUAGCCAGUAAUAACUUUGACGUCGAAGUUAGACGAGCUCCAGAAUCUGUCUUUUUCCCAGAACAAAAUCAAAUCGUGAUCAUAGGAGGAUUCAGUAGUAACACACCCUUUACCAACCAAACAAUCGCCUACGACACAGUUAGCAAUACCUGGAAAUCAUUACCAGCCUAUUCCGAACCUAAUAGACCUCGACGUCAAAUUUACUUUGCCACGUCUAUCAACUUGAUAUCAGCAACAAAUGAUACAGCUGCAUUCUAUGGCGGCUAUGAAAGUUUACCUUCCACAACUGUUCCCAUGAUUUCUUCAACUGGACAAAACAUCACUAAUAUAAAUAACGGAACAUCCAUCAGAGGAUUUGAUUCUUUGACGGUAUUCAAUAUCACUUCACAGACAUGGAGCUACUUUUCCCCUCAGCAAGCAUUCCCAGAUCCAGAUUUCUAUCCCAAUUCUCAAUCAGCAACAUUUAAUCCUAGGACUGGCAGAAUUUACUACUUUGGUGGAAGUUAUUAUACGCAUACAAACUAUGGACCUAUCCGAUUCCCUUUUAGUAAAACAUAUAUAUUCAACACCAUCCAAGGUACUUGGAGUUUACAGCCACUUUCUGCAACUAUUGGUAGCGGUGUACCUUCCGACAGAAUCUAUCAUACGACUACUUUAUUGCCCAAUUCAGAUCACAUCCUUUUGUAUGGUGGAACAAACGAUGGAAGAAUUGGUCUCACGGAUUUCUGUUAUACACUUGACUUAACCACUUACGAAUGGACAAAUCAAGUCAAUGUUACUGUUCCUACCUCUGUAUCAGCAAGUGGUGUUCGAUAUGGACAUUCAGCCGUUUUGGUAAACACGACAUUGUUUAUCUUGUUUGGUAGUGAUAUCAAUGGCAAUGGCAGUCCAAAUCUGCUCACAUUUGAUAUUUCCAAUGUAUCCAACAUUCAAUAUACACCUACCUAUCCUUUGCUUCCUGCUACAGUUAGCAACCCAAGCAACCCCAACAACAACAAUAAUAAUAAUAAUAAUAACACCUCAAUAGCAGAACCUGCUCGUACAGACUUAAGCAGUGGAGCCAAGGCUGGUAUUGCUAUCGGCUGUGUAUUGGGAGUUGCAGCUAUUGCAGGUACUAUCUUUUUCUUUAUGCGCCGUAAACGAGAAUCAAAAGGAGGAGAAGAGGUGAUGCAAGUCGAUUGGGAUAAGAUUGAAAAUCAAUAUAGAGAAGUUCAGGCACCACCUAUUUAUACAACCCAUGCACCAUCAACGAAUGACGUUGUCAGACAAACACCUGAUGUCUUUCUUUCUGAACCCACAAAAGGGAUCUCUCCUUCAGCUCAUUAG